AUGAGUGAUUCCGGUAAACUUCCAAACUUGGCUUCCGAUGCCGUGUUGAAACAAUCAGUGCCUGUGCCAGAUGAUUUUGUUGAAGUUUCUGGUAUUGACUACCUGAAGGACUCUGCAUAUAACAUGACUGCAAAAGACUUGAUCUCAUCGAUGAGUCGAAUGGGUUUCCAAGCCAGCUCUCUUGCGCAAGCAUGUAAUAUAAUAGAUGAGAUGAGGAGUUGGAGAGGUAAGCACAAGAGUGAAUUACCAGAACAUGAACAAGUUGGAGAAUUUGACGAUGAAGGAAGACAAAAGACUACGGUGUUUUUAGGGUAUACUUCAAACUUGAUUUCUAGUGGAUUAAGAGAUACUUUAAGAUUUCUUGUGCAGCAUAAGAUGGUGAGUGGUAUUGUGGCUACUGCAGGUGCAGUUGAAGAAGAUUUAAUCAAGUGCUUGGCCCCUACGUAUAUGGGCGAUUUCACAUUACCAGGGAAGGGAUUGAGAGAUCAGGGAAUGAAUAGGAUUGGGAACUUGUUGGUGCCUAAUGACAACUAUUGUAAGUUUGAAGAGUGGAUUGUACCUAUAUUUGAUAGAUUACUUGAGGAGCAGCAAGAGGCAGUAAAGAAGGAAGGUGAUGGUGUCCUUGAUGCUGGUUCUAGUGCUAUUCUCACGCCGUCCAAGAUUAUUGAUCGUUUGGGUAAGGAGAUUAAUGAUGAGACUUCGGUGCUUUAUUGGGCACACAAGAACCAAAUUCCUAUUUUUUCACCUGGUUUAACCGAUGGGUCCAUAGGUGAUAUGUUAUUUUUCCAUACAUUUAAAGCUUCGCCCCAUCAGUUGAGGUUGGACAUUGUUGCAGAUAUUAGAAAGAUCAACUCAAUGGCGAUGUCGGCAUCAAGAGCAGGGAUGAUCAUAUUGGGAGGUGGUUUGAUAAAACACCACAUUUGUAACGCAUGUUUAAUGAGGAACGGUGCCGAUUACGCGGUGUAUAUUAAUACGGGCCAGGAAUUUGACGGAUCCGAUGCGGGUGCCAGACCCGAUGAAGCAAUAAGUUGGGGUAAGAUCAAGGCUGAUGCUAGAUCAGUCAAGGUUUAUGCAGAUGUCACCUUGGUAUUUCCAUUGAUUGUUGCUGCCACUUUUGCUAGCGAAAAAGGAAAGUAG